AUGGUAAUAACAAGAAGUCAGGUGGGCGCAGCAGAGAUGGAAGAAAAACGUCGUCUCCAAGCAAUCGAGAGGGAACAACUGAGGAACGACUCCCUGGAUCGGUUGAGGAACAUUCCCCUAGAUCAGCCGGCGUCACCAUUGUCUGGGUUGGUAGAACCUAACAUGGCUAGUGACAAAAGACGCGAGAGGUCGCCGGCAAAAUCCAGCAGGUCACAUCGAUCGACAAACAGGUCACAUCGAUCGAAUGUCAGUGUGACUACAAGAAGGCGGCUCGCAGAAUUAGAGGCGGCGGAGAAACUGGCCGAAAUUAAGAGACUCGAGCUCAAGAUGGAAGCCGAUCUCGUGAAGAUGCGGUUGGCCGCAGAAGUAGCGGCAAUUCAAGAGGAUGAAAGUGGCGAAGAAGAGCAGCAGGCGGAGCCCCCUUUCAAAGAAGAACCACUCCAGAAAGUAAACGAGUGGCUGAUACAAAACCCAGUCAGCCAACGGGGGGAGGGGCUACAACGAGAGGAACCAAGGCAGACGCGGUUCCAAACAGUACGAGCAAGGUCACCAACUCCAACAAGAACAAGAAGUAGCAUCGAACAUCUGGCAGCUACAUUGGAAAAGAUGGCAAGACCAAGGUCGCGUCAUAUCGACUUGCCUACGUUUUCUGGAGCGGUCAACGAGUGGCUACCCUUUUACGCGGCGUACCGGGACUCGAGCCAGAUGUACGAGCUCACUGCUGCUGAAAAUCUCCAACGGUUGCGAACCUGUUUGAAAGGAGAAGCAAGGGACAGAGUUUCUGCUCUACUCUACACCGCCGCGGAUCCAAAUGUAGUGAUGAAAACCCUAGAGCAGUGCUUUGGACGACCGGAGGUGAUCAUCGACCAGGCGCUGGAAGAAUUGAAAAAAUUGCCGAAACCCAACUCGACGGCGGCAGACCUGAACAGUUUCGCAGUCAAGAUUCAAAACAUCAUCUGCGUAUUGAAGACGAUUGACCGAAGGGGAUACCUUUUUAAUCCGAUGCUAACACGGGAAGUGCUGGACAAGCUUAGCCCGCACUUACGUUCACGGUGGUGCGACUACGCGUUCGAUCAAGAAGGUUCGGCAGACCCGGAAAUCGUCGUGAUGUCGCGAUUCUUGAUGAGAGAAGCGGAUCGAGCGCUGCGGUAUACAUACGCUCCCGUGACGUGCGCCGCGAGUACGAGUAAAGAGACACGCCCUCCAGUGACAGUGAAAUCCAGUGCGAACAGGAACGGGCAACAAGGUACAGUGAAGAAAAGUGCGACGGUGUAUAGUACGUCAGAAGAUGGACAAGAAAGGAGCAACCGGUGCCCCGAGUGCGAGAGAGAUCAUGUGCUGCCAGAGUGCCCGAAGUACAAGGCGCUUACGGUUGAUCAAAGGUGGAAUCUUGUGCGCGAGAAACGGAUCUGCUUCAAGUGCGCGCAAAAGAAGCAUCGUCGCUUUCAGUGCCGAGCGAAGCCAUGCGGCGUCAACGAGUGUCGCCGCCCACAUCAUUCGUCGCUACAUCAAGACCAAGCAGAGCCCGAACAAGCCAUGCCAGCUGAUAAGAAGGAGUCCGUGUUGUCAGUUGCAUCGGGAAGCAUACUGCAUACUGAACCAAAGACGGUAUUAUUGAAGAUGUGUCCGGUCGUCAUAGCAGGACCCAAAGGCAAGAGAAAGACUUUCGCCUUGUUGGACGAAGGGGCCACAAUAACACUGAUCGACCAGGAACUGGCAGCCAGCAUAGGGGCAGAAGGACCGUCACACCCACUUCACUUAAGGGGAGUGAACAUGAGCCAGAGCGAAGCAGAAAGCCAGCUGGUGACGGUCAAGAUUAGGGGCGUCAAAGAAAGCGACGAAUACCAGAUCCGGGCAAGAACGAUGAAGGACUUGAAGCUACACCAGCAAGGCAUUCCGAACACGAUGUUGAGCUUCGAUCACCUCAAGGACCUUGAUGAGGAAGAAGUGUGCUUCGAGUCAGCACGCCCUGGCAUAUUGGUCGGAACAGAUCACUGGGAGUGCAUCGUCUCAAGAGAUCUACGGAUCGGUGAACCCAACCAGCCGGCGGCAUCGAAGACCCGGUUAGGAUGGGUGGUGCAUGGGACUGCGCCUCGCCGCGCCAUCUACGAAGGAGAGGACGUACUGCACAUUUACGAACGGGCCAAUAGUGUUAACCCAGGCGAGAAGGAACUGCACGAUCUCGUAGAAGCACACUUCAAGAUCGAAGCACUGGGCGUACAAGGGAAGCCUAGAAUGAGCGAGGUACACCAACGAGCCGUCACUAUAGUCGAACGAACCAUCAAGAAGACUGACGUCGGCUACGAGGUGGGGCUACCAUGGCGUAGGGACAAGAUGACAAUGCCGGCAAGUUACAAUCAGGCCUUGCGUCGUCUCAAAAGGAAGGAAAUACAGAUGGACGCGGACCCGGUUUUCAAGAUGGAAUACACUCAGCAGAUUGAAAAUCUAUUGAAAAAGGGUUACGCGACGCCAUGUGACGGUUCGGAAGACGAUAGCCCAGUGAAGUGGUUCCUGUGUCACUUUGCCGUGACGAAUCCAAACAAACCGGGUUAUCGAUUGGUGUUCGACGCAGCGGCGAGAAACAAUGGGGUGAGCCUAAACGACGAGUUACUGGAAGGACCUGAUAUGCUGUUGUCGUUGCCGGGCAUAUUAUUCAGAUUUCGAGAAGGGGCCGUCGCUAUCACGGCGGAUAUCCAAGAGAUGUUCCUGCGAAUCAAGGUACGACCCGAGGACCAACCAGCUCAACAGUUCCUGUGGAGGGGAGAAGACCGAGAAAGGCCUCCGAAGAAGUACAAGAUGACCAGUGUUUUCUUCGGCGCAACUAGCUCUCCGUACAUAGCUCACCAUGUCCGUAAUCACAAUGCAGACAUACACGGAAAGGAGUUCCCGCGUGCACUGGAAGCCAUAAAGAACGCUCACUACAUGGAUGACUGGGUUGCGAGUUUCAAAGACGCGGAGGAAGCACGAAAGGCUGUCGAAGAAACAAGAGAAGUGCAUGCUCGUGCUGGCUUCAAUUUGAAGGGAUGGAACUCUAGUGACCCAAACAUUUUGAAAGGAAUUCCCUCAGAGCUGCACGCAACAGCCCCUACGCAACUGGGGGGAGAACAGCCCGGAAGCAAGAUACUUGGGUUGUAUUGGAAUGCUCAACGAGACGAGUUGGGAUUCAACACCUGCAUGAGCCGAGUUCCUGAAGAUGUCAAAGCGGGGAAGCGAGCACCGACCAAGAGAGAAGCACUCAGCGCUGUCAUGUCUGUGUACGACCCGCUGGGGCUAUUGAGCCAUUACACCAUCCGCUCUAAGAUCAUCCUACAGAGCUUAUGGCGACUUCAGAUGACAUGGGACGAACCGAUCCCGGCAGAAGAAAACGAGCUCUUUACAUCCUGGCUGGCGCAACUUCCCGAGAUCGCGAUGCUACGACUGCCACGCUGCUACACGUUGAACGGGUAUGAACGAAUCGAUCUUCAUAUACUGUGUGACGCAAGUGAGCAGGCAUUUGCGACAACGGCAUACUGGCGCAUCACGAGAAACGACGGGACCAUCGAAGUCGUCUUAAUAGCGGCAAAGGCGAAGGUAGCGCCAAAGAAAGCGCUGACGAUUCCCCGGUUGGAGCUCCAGGCAGCGGUGAUAGGUGCUCGUCUCGCCGAAACCAUCAAGAGGGAGCAUCGCAUGGAAGUAGACCAGACGACGUACUGGACGGACUCGUCGACGGUGGUCCAUCGGGUCAGGAACGACAUGCGACGAUAUACACCUUUCGUUGCACAUAGACUCGGUGAGAUUGCUGAGCUCACCCAAAAGGAAGAAUGGAGAUGGCUGCCGACCGACCACAACGUGACUGACGAUGCCACACGGUUGACCAAUGCGCCCAUCAGCUCGACGGACCGGUGGUUCCAGGGACCAGAUUUCCUCUAUCUACCUGAAGACCAGUGGCCCGGGAAGACGGCGUAUGAAGACACAGAAGAGGAAGUCCUACAUGUGAGUGAGAAUCCCAGAAGAUCCAGCUGUGUACCUGAUCCUGCCCGCUUCUCCAAAUACGAAAUUCUAGUGAGAACUACAGCAAGAGUCCUAGCCUUCGUGGAUAUCUGUCGACGACGAGCGAUUAACCUGGAACAUCGACACAUCGAGCGCGCAGAAAAGGAGCUGAUACGACGUGUUCAAGAAGACAGCUUCCAAGACGAGGUAGAGCGAAUCCGGUCAGGUCGAACCAUACCAAAGGCGAGCCGGCUCUACCGACUAGAUCCCGUGAUGGAGGAUGGAAUUCUGAGAGUAAGAGGCCGUAUUGGAGCAUCCGCCGCACCAAGUGACACGAAGAGACCUGUGAUACUUGAUGGUCGUCACCCAAUCACAAAACUGCUCGUUCUACGGGAGCAUUGCUCUGCGGGACAUGCCAAUAGAGAACGAGUGACCAACGACCUACGCCAACACUAUUGGAUCAUUCACCUUCGACCCACGGUACGAGCCAUAGAAAAGAACUGCGCCUUUUGUCGAAGAAGACGAGCAAUGCCGACAACCCCAGCAACAGGAGACCUUCCACUUGCUCGCAUGGACCCUUUUCACCGUCCCUUUACCAACUGUGGGGUGGACUACUUCGGGCCAAUGAUGAUCAAGAUAGGGCGCCGGCGAGAGAAGAGGUGGGGUGCACUUUUCACAUGCCUCACGUCACGCGCCGUACACAUCGAGAUCGUCGCGUCACUCUCAACGGACUCAACAAUCAUGGCAUUGAGAAGGAUGGCAGCACGCAGGGGUUGGCCGCGACUCAUGUACUCAGACAACGGCACCAACUUCCGCGGGGCAGACCAAGAACUCCGUCUGGCAUAUAAAGAAUGGCUCCCAAAACUACAAGAUGAAGGGUUGCUGCAUCGCAUGGAGUGGCGUUUUAUACCACCUGGCGCGCCAAACCAAGGCGGCGCGUGGGAGAGGAUGGUACGAUCAGUGAAGACGGCACUCAGGGUGACACUGCGAGAGAAGGCACCGACAGAAGAAGUACUGCGGACGCUCCUUACGGAGGCAGAAUUCUCGAUAAAUGCCCGACCACUGACCCACGUGAGCGUGAAUCCAGCAGAUCCCGAAGCACUCACACCCAACCACUUCCUGAUAGGAUCAUCGACCGGCAUGCCAGCCACGGGGCCCUGUGAUGAGGCCGAUCGACGAACAUGGCGAGCAAGUAUGGCUCUCGCAGACCACUUUUGGAAGCGCUGGGUACGGGAGUACCUACCCACUUUAGUACCUCGAGGAGACUCAAGUAACAAGGCGCGUCCACUGCGCAUCGGAGAUGUGGUCCUGAUCGUUGACAGCACACUGCCAAGAAACACAUGGCCGAUGGGUUUAGUGAAGAGUACAUAUCCCGGACCAGAUGGUGGCAUCAGGGUCGCCGAAGUACGAACGAGAACCGGCGUUUUCCGACGACCAGUGAGUGAGCUCGCCGUCGUUUUGAAGGAAGAGGACUACGCAAGCUGCGCCGGGGGGAGGACUGUUACGGACGGCGACUGA